CAGUCUUUUGUAUUGAAUUUUGAUUCUUUUGUUCCGGGAUGUCUGACGCCAAGUACUUCUCCACGACAAAGAAGGGCGAGCUCGUCGAACUCCAGGCUGAGCUGCACAGCGACAAGCGCGAUCGCAGGAAGGAUGCCGUCAAGAAGGUCAUUGCCAGCAUGACUGUCGGCAAGGACGUCUCGUCCCUCUUCCCCGACGUGCUCAACUGCAUGCAGACAGACAACCUCGAGCUCAAGAAGCUGGUCUAUCUCUACGUCAUGAACUAUGCCAAGAGCCAGCCCGACGUUGCCAUCAUGGCCGUCAACACUUUUGUCAACGACUGCCGCAACGACAACCCCCUCAUUCGCGCUCUUGCCAUCCGCACCAUGGGCUGCAUUCGCGUGCGCGACAUCACCGAGUACGUGCUCGAGCCGUUGCGCCGAUGCCUGAAGGACCAGGACCCCUACGUCCGCAAGACUGCGGCUGUUUGCGUGGCCAAGCUGUACGACAUUGAUCCCGAGCAGACCGAGUCUUCGGGCUUCAUUGACGAUCUGCGCGAUCUGCUGGCCGACCCCAACCCGAUGGUCGUUGCGAACGCAGUUGCCUCGCUCAGCGAGAUCAACGAGACGUCGGGUGGCAAGUUCUUCCAGCUGAAUGCUGGCACCCUGAACAAGCUGCUCACCGCCUUGAACGAGUGCACCGAGUGGGGCCAGAUUUUCAUUCUCGACUCGCUCGCCGUCUACGACCCGCGCGACGGUCGCGAAGCACAGAGCAUUUGCGAGCGUGUCACCCCACGUCUCUCGCACGCCAACGGUGCCGUUGUGCUGUCUGCCGUCAAGGUGCUGAUGAAGUACAUGGAGCAGAUUGAGGAUCCCGCGUUCGUCUCCACGCUGUGCCGCAAGCUUGCGCCGCCGCUCAUUUCGCUCCUGUCGACCGAGGCGGAGAUCAAGUAUGUUGCCCUCCGUAACAUCAACCUCGUCGUCCAGAAGCGCCCCGACAUUCUCAAGAACGAAAUGAAGGUCUUCUUUGUCCAGUACAACGACCCCAUCUAUGUCAAGAUGGAAAAGCUCGACAUUAUGAUUCGCCUGGCCGCAGAGCACAACGUUGCCCAAGUCCUGGCCGAACUCAAAGAGUACGCCACCGAAGUCGACGUUGAUUUUGUUCGCAAGUCCGUCCGCGCCAUUGGCCGCUGCGCCAUCAAGAUUGAGCCGGCUGCCGAGCAAUGCAUCCAGGCGCUGCUCGAUCUCAUCCAGACCAAGGUCAACUACGUUGUCCAGGAGGCCAUUGUCGUCAUCAAGGACAUCUUCCGCAAGUACCCCAACCGCUACGAGAGCAUUAUCGCCAACCUGUGCGAAAAUCUCGAGACGCUCGACGAGCCCGAGGCGAAGGCGUCCAUGAUUUGGAUUGUUGGCGAGUACGCGGAGCGCAUUGACAAUGCUGCCUCGCUUCUCGGCGCCUUCCUCGACUCCUUCCCCGAGGAGAAUGCCCAAGUCCAGCUGCAGCUGCUGUCUGCCAUCGUCAAGCUCUUCCUCAAGGCCCCGAACGGCGCCCAAGAGAUGGUUCAGAAGGUUCUUCAGAUGGCCACCCAGGACUCUGACAACCCAGAUCUCCGCGAUCGCGGCUACAUUUACUGGCGUCUGCUUUCGUCCGACCCUGCCGCCGCCAAGACGGUCGUCCUCGGCGAAAAGCCCCUCAUUUCCGACGAGACGGACAUGCUCGAGCCGGGCCUCCUCAACGAGCUCAUUUGCCACAUUGGCUCGCUCGCCUCCGUCUACCACAAGCCCCCAAGCACCUUUGUGGAGGGCAAGACCCCUGGCGCGCGUCGCACUCUUCCUUCCAAGGCCAACGGCGGCGACGACGAUGCUGCCUUUGACUCGAACGAGAACGAGGGCGCCCUUGGCGGCGGUCGCACCGACUCGAAUGCCCCGACCCCUGCGCCGCAGGCUGGCGGCGCCAUGGGCGGCGAGUCUCUGCUUGAUCUUGAUCUCACCCCGCAGUCCGGUGCUUAUGGCGGCGGCUACGGCGAUUACGGUGCUGGCUCUGGCUAUGGCGGUGGUUACGGCAGCGGCGGCUUUGGCGGCGCCGUUGCUCCUGCUCCUGCUUUUGGCGCCGGCAUUGCCCCCGCAUCGCUUUCCCUCGGUGGCGGUGCUGGUGGUGCCGGCAGCGGCGCUGUCGAUCUUCUCGGCGGCGGUGGUCUGGACGCCGUCUUUGGUGGCAACCCUGCUGCUGCUGCUGCUGCACCUGCUGCCUCGUUUGGCCGAGGCUUGUACUCUGCUCCCAAGGCGACCAUGCUGGCUGCCGCUCAGGGCAAGGGCCUCGAGGUUUCCGGCACGUUUGCUCGCCGCGGUGGUGAAAUCUUCCUGGACAUGACACUGAGCAACCGCGCCAUGCAGCCCAUGAGCAACUUUGCCAUCCAAUUCAACAAGAACAGCUUUGGUCUUCAGCCUGCCCAACCCCUCAAUCUCCCUGCCCCAAUUCCGCCAAACCAAUCGACGCAGGUUUCGUUGCCGCUGACCACGGGCGGUGUCGUCCAACGCACCGACCCCCUGAACGCUGUGCAAAUCGCAGUCAAGAACAACGUCGACGUCUUUGUUUUCACGGCACACGUGCUGCUUAACAGCUACUUUGGCGAGGACGGCGAGAUGGAACGAUCGGCCUAUUUGUCGGCAUGGAAGGAAAUCCCCGACACAAACGAGCGCAAGUUCACCGUCACACAGCUGUCGUCCAACAACCCCGACACCAUCCAGGCCAAGCUUGGUCAAAACAACAUUUCCACGAUUGCCAAGCGCACAGUCGAAGGCCAAGAUUUGCUCUAUCUCUCUGCCAAGCUAACCAACGGACUGUGGGUCUUGUUUGAGCUUUGCCUUCGCCCGCAGGCCAACUCUGUCGAUAUCUCUGUUCGUACUCGCUCUGUCGAGUUGGUACCUUUGGUCGAGGCCGCUCUUUCUGGCAUUCUUCGCUCGUAAAUGGAGUGGGCUGCAAUUUUUUUUUCUUGUUUGUUUGUUUGUGUGUUUGUUUGUUUGUGUUUGGUGCGUGCAUGUUUUUUUUUCUUUGCUGCUCCUUUGUCUUUCUGGUCGAGUGCGAAACUCUCCUUGGACGUUUUGGUCGUGCAAUCGAGUCCUUUUUGUGUUUGUAAUGUGUUGCUGUUGAGGAUGUUGGUGCGCGUACCGUUUUAAAUGUGAUUUUGAAUUGUGAUAUCAUGUUUUUUUUUCGA